AUGAUCAUCGAUAUUUCAAACAUCCGAUCAUGUAUUCUUCACAUGAAUGGCCAUCGAUAUUUUGAACUUAUUACCGGUUCCACAAUUCUCUUUUUCCUCUCUUUUCUUUCCGUCAAUUUUUCUAGCUUUUCUUUAUUCCUUUGUCUUCCUUCAUCGUUCCUAAUUUGUUACUUAUCUUCUCGUCUUUUUCUUAUUUCUUCCAUCCACCCCUGCUUAUCUCUCUCUCUUUUUCUCCUUUUCUCGCCCCUCUCUCUCUCUCUUUCUCUUACUAAUACUCUCUUUAUUCCUCUACCCGCCAGUCUUUUUUCUCCUUAUCUAAAUCUACUUUCACUCUUACUUUUCCUCCUCUCAUCACGAUUUUCUCUUCGCUUUUUCAGAUAUUUCAUCUCUCCUUUUCUCAAACCUUUACUCUUUCGUCCUCUCUAUUUUUUCUCUCUUCAUACACAUUUUUCCAGUCUCUCUCAGCCCUUUUUCAAAUCUCCAUUGUCCCCGAUUGUAUCAUAUGUCGAUUGCAGGGAGAGCAAUUUCGACAAACACUUCAUAUCUCAUUCUCUCUCUCUCUCUCUAUCUAUCUAUCUCUUUACCCCUCCCUCUUCCCCCCCUCUCUCUCUCUCUCUCUCUGUGUUUAUAUAUAUUUAA